AGCGGUGAGUGUCUGACAACCUUGGGUGGAAGACGUGGUGGUUGAGAAUCAAUGUACCUGUGAAUAUAGAGAUGGCGCAGUAGUUACACUGCACAGACAACACAGCAGCUCCACAAGCAGACGACACUAAAACUGGAUUUCUUUGCUUAAUCAUCGCAGCAGUCCCAGACCAGAGACAUUCGUUGUAAUAACGGACACCUUUGCACAUCGUUCACAAGUUCGUGUUUGUGCUCUCUGUCUGCUGGCACUGAGCUCAAAACUGUAUCUUUACUGAUUACAUAUUGUAAUCAUUGUAUGAUAGAAAACGUUAUAUAGUUUUUUUUUAUAAAUCGUGUAUAAUCGUGAAUCUUGGAAAUACCAACCAUGGCGCAGGAACUUUUCGUGGAGGAUCUGGUCGUCAUCGUUGUGUAUUUCAUACUGGUCAUGGCUGUUGGAAUGUGGUCAUCAUGCACCACAAACACCGGCAGCGUCAAAGGUUACUUCAUGGCGGGAAGGGACAUGAUAUGGCUUCCCGUGGGCGCCUCCAUCUAUGCCACCAACUUCGGUAGCCACUUCUUCGUGGGAAUGGCGGGAUCGGCGGCCGCUGGGGGAAUCGCUGUUACCAUAUACGAGUGGCACGCUGUGUUUAUGCUGUGUCUACUGGGGUGGCUCUUCGUUCCGGUGUAUGUCGCCUCGGGGGCGUACACGAUGCCGCAAUACUUGAAGAAAAGGUUUGGAGGACGUCGACUACGUAUCUACCUGUCCUGCCUCGCCAUCUUUCUUCUCAUCGUACAAAAAAUAUCAGUGGCCAUGUAUGCUGGCGCCGUGUUCAUUCAGCAGUCUGUGGGCUGGGACAUGUACUCGUCAAUCGUCAGCGUUACCCUGGUAACAGCUGUCUAUACCAUCAUAGGUGGUCUUUCGGCGGUCAUAUGGACGGAUGCUUUACAGACUGUUAUCAUGGUGUUUGGCUCGUUAUGGCUGGUCGUAGCAGGGUUUCUCAACGUGGGCGGCAUGGACUCGUUGUUCGAGAAGUACAUGCACUCCGUCCCUAACGUCACCACAUGCGGUAACACUACCAGCGGCCUUCCCCGAGCGGACUCCCUCCACAUCUUUCGCGACCCCAUCGACGGAGACAUCCCAUGGCCCGGCGCUAUCCUCGGCCUCACCCCUAUGGCCAUCCUGGCGUGGUGCACGGACCAGGUGAUGGUACAGCGAGUUCUAUCCGCCAAGAGCCACUCUCACGCCAAGGGCGGGGUGCUUCUGGCCGGCUGGCUCAAACUCCUCAGUUUCUUCAUUGUCAUCCUGCCGGGAAUGAUGGGACGGGUCCUGUUUCCGGAUGAAGUUGGCUGCGUGGACCCCGACAUCUGCGAGAGCGUCUGUGAGAAUCGCAAUGGCUGCUCCAACAUCGCAUAUGCAAAACUGGUCGUCAACAUUUUGCCAAUAGGCGUUCGUGGUCUGAUGUUGGCGUGCAUGCUGUCGGCACUGAUGAGCACACUGACGUCGGUGUUCAACAGCGCGAGUAGCCUCUUCACACUUGAUCUGUGGACAAGAUGUCGCCCCAAGUCAUCAGAGAGGGAGCUUAUGAUUGUGGGAAGGUUGUUCAUCUUAGUGCUGGUAGGUAUCAGCAUUGCGUGGAUCCCCAUCCUGAACGUCGCCCAGGGGGGACAACUCUGGUCCUACGUGCAGGCCAUGCAGGCGUACCUGUCCCCGCCCUGGGUCGUGGUGUUCAUCAUGGGUAUAGCUUGGAAGAGGACCACUGAGAAGGGGGCGUUCUGGAGCUUGAUGGCUGGACUUGCUGUCGGAUUGAGCCGGAUGAUCAUGGAUCUGGCCUACCCUAAACCUGCGUGCGGCGAGGACGAGACGAGACCGGAACUCCUUUACAAAGUGGACUUUCUGUACUUCGCAGUUAUCCUGUCCAUCAUAGUGUUUGUCGUCUGCAUCGUUGUCAGUCUCAUGACCGAGAAGAGACCGGAAGUUAAGCUCCGACGCUGCACCUGGAGCACUCGCUACUCCGCGCCACGUGAGGACACAGACGAGGAAGAGGACUACGACAAUGAGGCUGCCAGGAACGCCACCGUACACCCUGACAACGACCGCGACGAGAAAUCAGAUGGAAAGUUUUCUCUGAAAGAGAAAGCAUACAACAUGCUGUGCUGCUACUCCAGCUUCAAACCCAAACCGGUAACCAAGGCGAUGGAGGAGGCGGACGCCAGGCGCUACAGAGGCGAGGGCGAGCCUCCCUGGAUCAGCAAGUUCCUCGACUUCAACGCCAUCCUUGUGAUGGCUGUAACAGUGUUUCUUCUGGGCUUGUUCGCUUAGGAAUUAUUGAAUCACAUGAUCAAGAUAUACUCGGAAUCGUACAAUCGACGAUACUUUAAAACAAUUUAGCACAGAUUUGUUACGAACAUUUUUGGGUCGUUUUUAUAGCAUUGUCUCAAAGAAGAUUAUUAUAGUAUCUGUUGUGUUUUUCCACAUCAUGAUAAAAAACAUAUCGGGACAGUGACCCAUGUCGGUAACUGACCGCCAUUUUAUUAGAGUGCCCAACUAUGUUGAUUGAUGUUGCCGAGCCUGGUCUCCCAAUGACGGCCCCAUCUGGUGCGGUCCUUGUUCGUCAUCAGCCAGAAUUCAUGUUUAGGUCACUGACCAUAUGAAUAUAUGCAUUCAUAUGCAGCAAAACAAUUCCCUUUGGCGUUUACCUCGAGGCAUCAGUCCUUUUCAUAAUUAUAUUUUCUUACGUUUCCAUGGAAACAGUUUUCACUUGGUCUCAAACGAGGCUAUAGUUUGUUUCCGGUCUUUCUACAUGUUCCAACUUUGCACAUGCAUUCCAUGUGCAUAUGCUGAUCAGCUUUAUUGGUGCCUUUCGAUAUUUUCAAAUUGAUUUAGAUUCCUGACAAUCCACUGAAACCCUUUUAACUUGGUCUGUACAUUGCUUAUCAGCUUUACUGAUAUUUUGAACUUGUGUUUUGUUAAAUACACUAGGAAGCAGUUUCGACUUAGGAUUCAUUUCCGAGCCUAAAGCUCAAACUAACGAAUAUGUUUUGGUUGAAACUUAACAUACGAGCGGACCACGUACUCAAACUACUUCCUUCUGUAUUUCUAUAUAUAUAGAUAUAUAUAUAUUAAUUUCCUGGGACUCAGGGACACCAUAUAGAAAGUCUUUCUGUUGGGUAUAUGGUAUAUAUACUUGUACAAUCUAUCAUCCAGACAGCUGCUACAAGAGUAAGGAGUAGACAUGAUAUCCAGUAACGCCGCUUCAGUAAUUCAUUAAUCAGAAUCUGUAUCAGAAUUCUGCUGCUGUUCCUGUUUUGCGGAUUUACAAACACAUUUAUUGUGACAAUUUUAUUUAUGUAUAAAAAGGUGCGUGGAGACGUAUUUUGAUAGUAUAAACUCUUCUAGUGUUCAUUUUGUUUCCGUUAAACAGAUAACGCUUUGUGGAUUAACUGGAAAUAUCUCAAUGUUUUAUGUGAAUCAUUAUGGACUGUUCAGUUCUGAUCUUGCUAUAAUACUUUUGUACAAGAUAGAUAUACAGAAACAUGUUGGUAGUCACACUG